UUUCCUCUGUUUACUACACACUCUCUCUCUUGUCUUUUGUUUUCUCUCUGAUUCUCUGAAAUCUGCGUUUGCAAAGUUUCUGGGUAAUGCUUUUUAUUUAUUUGUUUUUUAAAAUUUGUGUGUGGUUCUAGGAUUGUGUGCAUUUCAGAAUCUGCAUAUGUCUUGGUUGUCUGUGUCUUCAAAUCGAGGUUGGGGUUCGAGGCUUUGGGGGAUUUGGAUCUGGACACAACAAUUCUAAUAUUUUUCAACAAUUAAAUUGGUAACCGGUGCGGUUGAGAAGGGUUCAGGUUUUGCCGUGAUGGCUUCGAAUCCUCCAUUUCACGUGGAGGAUCAGACGGAUGAGGAUUUUUUUGAUAAACUGGAGAAGGAUGAUGUUGAGCCUGUUAAUUGUGGCCAUGAUGACGUGAAAUCGAUCGCAAAUUCAGGUAUCGGUGACGAUGCUAGAGAAAGUGGGACUGAGCAUAAACGGGAAGAAGAGGAUGUGAAAUUGGAUGGUGGAAAUGCACAAGAGGAAAGUUCAUUGGGAGAUGAUAGUGCGAUUGAUCAUGGUGAUUAUGGGAUGGGAUCGGAGAAUGCGUCGACUUCGAGUUUGAGCAAUAGCAAUGGAAUCUCCAAUUCUGAGGUUAAGGAGGUGGGAUGGAAUUCUUUUUAUGCUGAUUCAAAUGAAAAUGUUGGGUUUGGAUCAUAUUCUGACUUUUUCACUGAAUUGGGAGAUCAAUCUGGCAAACCAUGUCAUCAUUCUAAUAAUGAGGUGAAACCUGGGACUGAAAUUUUAAACGAUGGCUUAAAUUCUUCAGCUAAUUAUGUGCAAUAUCAAGAGGGUCAAGGUUAUGAUGCAAAUGGGCAAGAUCUGAGUAGCACUCAAUAUUGGGAGAAUCUUUAUCCUGGAUGGAAGUAUGAUCACAACACUGGGCAAUGGUAUCAAGUAGAUGACCAUAAUGCUACUCGAGGAAGCAAUGAAGCCAAUACAAUUGCGGAUUGGACAACUACUUCUGAUGCUAAAGCCAAGGUCUCUUAUAUGCAACAAACUAUGCAAUCUGUUGCUGGAACUAAUUUAGCUGAAAGUUUAUCAAGCUGGAAUCAAGUUUCACAAGAGAAUAAUGGGUAUCCGAAACAUAUGGUUUUUGACCCUCAGUAUCCCGGUUGGUAUUAUGACAUGAUUGCCAAAGAAUGGCUCUCGUUAGAAAAUUACCAUUCAUUUAUUCACUCUGCUUCUCAUGGACAUGAGAGUGGGCAUGACUUUACUUCUACUGAAACUUAUGGGUCAUGGGGCGCUGGUAGUCAGGCUGUAGAUGAUAGAUGGAGUGGUUCAUAUGGUAUUAAUCAUCAACAAGGUUUGUACCCAUAUAAAACUGAGACUACUAGUAGAAGUGGGGAUAAUACAACUUCUAGUGGAAACCAACAACUUGACCAUUCUUUUGGUUCUAGUAUUUCUGUCAACAAAGAUCAACAAAAUAAUUCUACAUCCUUAACAGCAGUUCCAUUGUACAAUAAAGUGAACCAUGAUCAUGAUUUGGCUAAUGAAACUCUUGAAAUGCAAAGCUUUGCCCCUAGUGGGAAUGUUGCUCAACAUUUUAAUUAUUCAAAUACACAGUUUGAUGGACCAAAUAAUUUCUCAAAUGAAUAUGCCAAAAGUCAGAAAUCCUUCACUUAUUCCCAGGCCCAGCAAUCAUUCCAGGGUGGGGAUCAGUAUUCUUAUGCCCAGCAUGCUGGAAGAUCGUCAGCUGGACGUCCUCCUCAUGCCUUAGUAACCUUUGGAUUUGGUGGAAAACUCAUUGUAAUGAAAGAUUCUAAUUUUUCGAGCUCACCCUAUGGAAGCCAGACUACUGUCCAGAGCUCUGUUUCUGUGUUAAAUUUGAUGGAAGUUGUCGCCAGCAACAUUGAUUCUUCCAACAUUGGAAAUGGCACUGGUGAUUAUUUUCGUGCUCUCUGCCGACAAUCUUUCCCGGGUCCAUUGGUUGGUGGGAGUGUUGGAAGUAAAGAGUUGUACAAAUGGAUAGAUGAGAGGAUUGCACACUGUGGAUCAACUGACACAGAUUAUAAGAAAGGUGAAAGGUUAAGACUCCUUCUCUACUUGCUUAGAAUAGCCUGUCAACAUUAUGGAAAACUACGUUCACCUUUUGGUACGAACACCAUACUAAGAGAAAAUGAUAUUCCUGAGUUAGCAGUUGCAAAGCUUUUUGCAUCUGCCAAGACGAGUAGCAGGGAUUUCAAUCAGUAUGCUAUGUUGAGCCACUGCCUGCAAAAUUUGCCUUCUGAAGCUCAAAUGCGGGCAACGGCUUCUGAGGUACAAAACCUUCUUGUCUCUGGCAAAAAGAGGGAGGCUUUGCGGUAUGCACAAGAAGGUCAGUUGUGGGGACCUGCACUUGUUCUUGCUUCACAACUUGGUGAUCAGUUCUAUGCUGAUACAGUGAAACAAAUGGCACUUCGUCAGUUGGUUUCAGGAUCACCUCUGCGCACGUUAUGCCUUCUAAUUGCUGGACAACCAGCUGAAGUUUUCUCUUGCGACAACUCAGUCAGAGGGGAUCUUAGUGCCUUUAGUAUGCCUCAGCAGCCUACACAGUUUGGAUCUAAUGCCAUGCUUGACGACUGGGAGGAGAAAUUAGCUGUAAUAACUGCAAACAGAACCAAAGAUGACGAACUUGUAAUUAUUCAUCUUGGCGAUUGCUUGUGGAAGGAGAGAAGUGAGAUCAUUGCUGCACACAUCUGCUAUUUAGUUGCUGAAGCGAACUUUGAGUCAUACUCAGAUAGUUCAAGGCUCUGUCUAAUUGGAGCAGAUCAUUUGAAAUUUCCUCGAACUUACUCUAGUCCAGAGGCUAUCCAGAGGACUGAAUUUUACGAAUAUUCAAAGGUGCUUGGAAACUCUCAGUUUAUUUUGCUUCCAUUUCAGCCAUAUAAGCUUAUUUAUGCAUAUAUGCUAGCUGAAGUGGGAAAGGUUUCAGACUCGUUGAAGUACUGCCAAGCAGUACUGAAAUCCCUAAAAACUGGUCGCGCACUAGAAGUAGAAACAUGGAAACAAUUGGUAUUAUCUCUUGAAGAGAGGAUUAGAACCCACCAACAGGGUGGUUAUGCUGCAAAUUUGGCUCCUGCAAAAUUAGUGGGAAAAUUGCUCAACUUUUUUGAUAGUACUGCACAUCGAGUUGUUGGUGGUUUACCACCACCUGCUCCAUCAUCAUCUCAUGGAACUGUUCAUGGAAACGGGCCACCUUACGAACCUAUUGCUAACAGAGUAUCUAACAGUCAAUCAACAAUGGCAAUGUCAUCCUUAGUUCCAUCUGAUUCGAUGGAAGCUAUUAGUGAUUGGACAACUGACAAUAAUAGAACAACAAAGCCUAAUAGAAGUGUUUCAGAGCCAGACUUUGGUAGAAGCCCCCGCCAGGGAGCCUCACCUGACACGCAAGAAAAAACAUUAGAACCAGGGGGUACAUCUCGCUUUUCUCGUUUCGGUUUUGGUUCACAACUUCUACAAAAGACAAUGGGACUAGUCUUGAGACCUCGCCCUGGCAAACAGGCUAAAUUGGGUGAAAAGAACAAGUUCUAUUAUGAUGAAAAAUUGAAAAGAUGGGUAGAGGAAGGUGUUGAACCUGUAUCUGAAGAAACUGCACUGCCACCCCCUCCUAAAACUGUUGCUUUUCAGAAUGGUUCAACUGAAUACAACUUGAAAUCUGCACUGAAGAAUGAAGGAUCACCUUCUAACGAGGCACACGAUUUAAAAACUUCAAGCCCUGAACAUACACCAGGGAUUCCACCAAUACCACCUAGCACAAAUCAUUUCACUGCUCGUGGUCGCCAUGGUGUUCGAUCAAGGUAUGUUGACACUUUCAACCAAGGUGGUGGAAGUUCUGCAAAACUGUUUGGGUCAACAUCUGUGAAACCUGUCCAUGCUGCCAAUGCAAAGUUUUUUAUUCCUACACCAUCACCAAAUGAGCAGACAGUGGAGGCUACAGUAGAAAGUAAUAAAGAAGAUAAUCUAACUAAUGAAAGUCCUUCAACAUCUUCUAGAAAUGAUUCGUCGUACCAACCUCCACCACCAUCGGCUAGGCAAAGGUUUCCAAGCAUGGGUAAUAUCUCAUUCCAAGAAGCAAUGACGAAUGGCAGUAACUCUCAUUCGCCUCAUUCACGCCGAACUGCUUCAUGGAGUGGGACUCUUGGUGAUUUAUUUAGUCCCACAAAAAUGGGUGACAAUAAUAAUCCUUUUGGUGAAGCUUUGGAAAUGCCACAACAUAUGAAAAGUGAGAGUGAGAAAUUUGGAGAAGAUCUUCACGAGGUUCAACUUUGAGCAUAUAAUUAACUUGUAAAUAUCAAAUUUUGUUUAUGGAGUAGCUGGUUUGGAAUUGUAGUACAUAUCAAGUGAUUAAGUGAAGUUCAUAAAAGACAAAAGACAAAAUGUUAUGGGACUUGACACAUUUUACCUCGUACGUGAGUAGCACAACUCAUUUGUUCAUUUUGUUAAACAAGAAAACAUAAUAUCCCUCGAGAAAGAGGCCUCAACAGACCAAGGACAAAUGGGUGGUCUAUGAAAGUGUGAAAUAUUUUGCCCUUUUGUAAUUAUUUCAGUUAUCAGAUGAAAUAUAAUUUAAAAUUGUAAUGGUUUGUUAAGCCAA